GGUGUCCUCUUACCAUUAAGAAGUCAUAUGUCAAUUUUUUUUUAAUUACUUCAAUCGACUGAAAAUUAAUACGAAAUGUAAAAUAAAUUCUAUAAAUUUCGCUGUAGAUGUGUGAGAGAUAUACUCAGGCACUUUUUUGAGUGCCGCAAUAUGGUGGAUGAUUACUUCGAAGGUUGAACAAGUUUGUUGGCCGCAAUAGUAAUGCAUUGUUAGACUACGCCAUAUACAUUAUUGUGCAGUGAAGUGUUACACGGAAUUAUUCAAGAAAUAUCCACUUAGAGUGGCAUAUACGACAUCCUCGUGAAAGUUAUCUAAGUCCACUAGAUAUUAUCAACUGCAUCAACGUAACGUAGACUUGAGGUUAAGUUUGAACUCAGCAGCAUCCAGGAAUGCCAAGGGUGAAUGCAGAUUCAAUAACGAAACGCAAGAGAUACCCUCGCCAAAAGCUUUUGGAGGCCCUGGAGGCCGUGAAAAGCGGACGAUCCCUACGAGAGGUGAGCAUUGAGUAUGGAGUUCCGAAAACAACUCUCAUGUCCAAGUACAAGGGUACCCAUCCUAUCGAUGGUAAAUCUGGACCACCCCCGGUCCUUGACGAGAAUGAAGAGAAAGAACUAGUCAACUGGGUGAAUGAGACAUCCGACCUCGGUUUCGCCCUGAAGAAGAGCCAGAUGUGUGGUAGUGUUCAAACGACUUUGAGAGAACUUAAAAGAAAGAAUAUAUUCUCGGACGAUAAACCGGGGCACAACUGGUACAAAAACUUCGAGGAACGUCACACGGAAAUAAUCGAGAGGUUCAAGAAGAACUUGUCUUACGCAAAGACAGCACCAUCAGAAGCAUCAGUUCGCGAGUGGUUUGCACACAUAAAGAAGUACCUGGAAACAAAUGAAUUGUUCAAUAUCGAGCCCUCGAGAAUCUUCACGAGUGAAGAGGCAGCCUUGAUCUUCAAUCCCAUAGGCAAAAAAACUCUCGUCAGGAAAGGCGACAGAACGAAUUUCAGUUUCGCUCAUAAUCAUGUCGACGAGUGUGCAACGAGUUUGUUCACAGCAAAUGGUGCGGGGACACUGGCACCUCCAAUGAUAGUUUUCAAACAAGAGAGGAUUCGCCCCCGAAUGUUGAUGAAAUUGCCAGAGGGCUGGACAAUUGGUAAAACGAGCGACGGCUGGAUGACCAAGGAGAGCUUUCACGAGUAUCUUACCGAGAUCUUUGAAAAGUGGUUGAAGAGAAAUGGAAUUGAGAAGCCAGUGGUUCUGUUCAUUGACUCAAAUACAGUCUUCAUGACACAGUCGUUGAGCAAAUUUUGUAAGAAUUCUAAGAUUCAUUUGCUGCCGCUACACCCAAAUAUGAGCCACAUUUUGCAGCCAUUGGAUGGCCAGUUCUUCGGGGAUCUCAAGGACGCGUGGCUGAUGGCGACAGAGCACUGGAGGAUGAACAACAGCCGAAAGAGGAUAAAGAAAGAACACUUUGCUCCUCUGUUGUUCAAUGCAUUGAAGAUGGUAGACUGUGCAAAGUCUAUUUCAGAGGGUUUCCAGUCCUGUGGGAUUCACCCAUUCUCACCGGAUGUUGUUAACUAUGGGAGGAAGGGAAAAUUCAAGAUGCAGGUGAUUGUCAAGCCGAAGGAUAAUGAGGAGGUGGAGGACCUGGGGAGAAUUAUUGAUCCGCAGUAUAGUGCGGAGGAAGUCAGAAAGCAGCUGGAGUGCUUUGAGGAUUUCAUCGACGAUGAGACACUGAAAAAGUUCAAAGAGGAGGAGAAUGCUGAUAUCUGGGGUGGAGAAAUAAAGGACACAAGUUUGUUCUUUUUAUGGAAAAAAUUUAGGAGAAUGAGUAGUACUGGGGUUAGUGACUGUGAAAUGUAUACUUCGACGAUGGAGGCUGGAGCUAGUCAGGGACAUUUUAUGAGUAUUGAUGAUGAAAAUUAUCAGGGGAGCAACCUGGUUCUUCAUGAUGUGCAGGGCACAUAUGAAGUGGGGAAUUUGAGGACAUGGAUUGGAAACAAUCUUGAGAAACUUGAAUGAGAUUGCGGAGAGGGACUUGAGAGAUUUAGAUUUUUAUUCCAAGGACUUCAAACGUUACUAUCUCUUUGGAAAUCCGUUUUCUUUCGGAGUUACUAUGCUUGAAAUUGUGUGAAUUACUGUAGAGUUGAAUAGAAUUCGAUAUCUAAGGCUAUUGUGAAAUUUUUGUAUUAAAUAAAAUUUGUGAAACAUUUGUUCUGUAUUUGAAAAAAAAUGAACGAGGUCGUUGAUGGAUGGUGUUAGCUCGAGAGACAAUAAGCUAGAUAACAGGUUUGUUAUCCAGCCCUGAGAUAGAAAGAUCCUCUGAGGGUUCAGCAAAAUCGACCUUAUUAUCACCGAUAAAUCUUAGGAAUUAUUGGCAUAGUGAGCAAUUGCUAAUAACAACAAAGUUAUGUCAGAAACACUAAGAAAAAACGACCGAAACUGGUUAACAUCAAGUACCACAGUCGAUCAUCUAGAUUUCUCAUGUUAUCCUGUGUUCCAUCUGUUUGGAAAAAUUCCAACAAGUGGAGAAAAAAGCCUAUUAGUGCAGUGCCGACUUGGCAUUCCUUCGCACUCAUCAUUACGACAACAUCAAUAUUUUUGUGCACGAAAAUCGAAAGUCAAUGGUCUAUUCAAAUUUUUUACUAAUUUUUCUGGAUUAACGGAUUACCAUAAGUUGUUCACGAGCGUUUGUGGUACCUGUGUCGGGCCUCUGGAAGGACUGGGCCUUUCAUUUUCCCAAUUACACAAUUUUGAGGAUUUUUCAUACCGAAAUUGAACCGGUGACAAUGUUAAUGGUCUUUUGUUGUCAAAAUAAAAUAAGUAAAUCCGCGAGAAUGGGAAAAAUCCCACAGCUUUUCAGAAUUUAGUUCAUGGUAUUUGUAUUGUAUUCAUUGAUUUUGUCCAUCCUUACUAGUACACCUCGAUACGCAGGAAAAAUGAAUUAGUUUGAAAAUCAAAAUUUUGAAUUUCAUCAAGUAAGGAUAAUUCUAGCAAACAUGGUGCAUCGUAUCCUGAAACGUAUUGUUUUGUCGAACAUAUCAAACUGUGGCCCAAAAUUCGUGGGGAUAUUGGCACCUCUGGUCGUACCUCCUCUUCAUAUUUUAUUUCUUUAUUAUUUUUGGAGAGAGUACUCAAGAGAUGUGGACAAGCAGUACUGCUCGUGUUCUUGCUGGGAUACUGUAUUCAAAGGUUCCUACGAGUCAGGAGUUGCUUCAUACAAGCACAUGUACUUCAACGCAACCCCCAAUACCUUGAAAAUAUGGGCAACAAUAGUAAUAGGGGUGGUAGCAUUCUACGAAACAGCAAAGCACCUAGCUUGGCUGGCUUUCCAGCGUCGUUUGAGACUGGGAAUGUUGGUUCUCUUCAUCAGUGCAAUAUUCUCUCACUACUAUUCCUGGUGGGUCUACAUAAACUACUGGAACGACGACUUCUACUCACAAUGGUACCAUCAAAUGUUUUUCUCCAUUACUGAGCUUGUAUCCACCGUACUGGUGGUAAUUUUGGCUGAUAGCAAGAGCCCGAUUACCGGAAAAAAAGCUCUGAUCAUCAGUGGUAUUGGAAUCGUCCAUAUUUUUGCGGGAAGCUGGGAUCAGUUCGUUACUAAUGUACUGAGGGGCGAGGGCUACGCUCAUCAGGUAAUUCGUGAUCUGGGAUUUAUGAUUCCCGAUAUUCUCCACGUUCUAAUUCCCCUACUCUCCCUACGAUGGCACGACAAAGAAUUACUCCCUGGAGAUGGACUAAAAAUUCGUAAAACAAAACGCGAAAUAGCCUGUGUGAUUGGACUUGUCCUGCUGGGUCUCGGUAUGUGCGCUGUCCUUUGAUCCUAAUUCUACCAUUAAUCAAAGUGUUCUUACUAAUUUUAUCAAAGAAAACCAUCUUGUUGGGCGAAUAAAUUAUUUUCAUAUUAAAGUAAGUGAAGACUCCCGUAUUGAAAGGUAUUUUUAGAAGUAUUUUCACGAGUUUCAUCGGUGUUUUUUGUAUUGUUAUUGCAAUCCAUUUUUUUCUGAUUCAAUUUUCCAAUAAUAUGUUCUACCUUUAGAUGAAUCUACUGUUUAGUCGUCGGCCUAUUAAUGAGACUGUAAUGACGUUUUUCGAUAGAUUAAAUUAUCUAUUGUUUUAAAUUUAUCUCAGUAAUGAAGCAGCUAAUUAGACAUGAAACGCUUUUUGAAAUUGAGAGGACCCGGCGAAAGUUUUCAUUUCAUUUGAUUAGCUAUUCAUUAAUUUAAUUUUAUUAUCGUUGGAGGUAGAAUUGACCAAUUUAUCAACUGACUUGAUAAAUCUACAUAGCAUUAUAAGCAUGCUAUUUUGCUGCCUCAGUACUGAAAUAAUUGGAAAAAAUAUCAAAAGUAUUUAAUAACGAUUACGAAAAAUUAAUUCAAGAGACUGUGAGAUACAAUUAACUCAUAUUUUAAAUGUUGACUGUGUUUAAAUCAUUGUUAAAUUAUAGUAGUAAUAAUUAAAAAUCAAAACCCCCCAAUAAUCUCAUGUUUACCAAAAAACUAGAAAUCUAUGUGUUCCAAAACUAGAAAAUCGCUUCAUUACGCAAUAGUUAGGAUAACGAAUGACGUAGAGUGAUUGAUCUCGAGAGGACAGUACGAAGAAGUGUUUAGUGACACUAGAGAAAAUGUAGAGAUAUGUAGCGAUUUCAAAGAAAUGUUGCUCUAGAUUUCAAAGUGCCUGAAUGUGUUUAAAAUGUAUUUAUAUGGAUUUAACGUCAGUGAUUAAUCGUCAGCCAUUACAAAAACUUGUUUGAUUAUUUAUAGUUAUAAUUUAGUAAAUGCUGAAUAUUCGUUUUUAUACACGGACUGUUUUAUACAAAUAAUGAUGUUUCUUGCCAACAGAUGUCGAAUAAUUGACGGAUUAGUGUAAUUGGUUUUGUUAUUUACGAGUAACUAGAUUUUGGAUUGUGAGUUUAGGGCUAAGUGAAUGUCAAUUAAUGAAAUGCAAAGGUUUCGAUAGAAAUAAACAACCAAAGAAUCAAGGA